CCUUUUUUAAAAAAAAUCUGUUUUUUCCACCGUGUGCAUUGAUAGAUUCUGAAAAAUGUCUGGUCUUUGUGCUUUGAGAUGAGGUGUUAAGGGCAGCGCUUGGUGUGAUGUGCGUAGUUAAAGCAUGUCUGUCCGUCUGUCCGUCUGUCUGUCCGUCUGUCUGUCCGUCUGUCUGUCUGUCUGUCUGUCCGUCUGUCUGUCUGCUUCAGGGUUUAUGAGCAGAUCGUUACACUGAUGCUGAAAAUGCAGCAGCAGCAGCUGGUCAGCUCAGCACACUGACUGUGAAGACAGAUAUAUCCUACUGGCUCUGGUCGUUCAAACUCCACCUGUAGCUGCACGUUUAUGUGAGACCUGUCGUUUAUGGACGUUAUAUGUCAUUUAUUUUUUUAUCGUAACAACGGCUGAAAUAGGAAAUAAUUGGCGUUUAAGACGGGAUGGUGUCCAAGUCUUUUAUUUGUCUGGCAGCAGUAACUUCCCAGAGUCUGGCAGCCUCGCAGUGUUGACUCCUGAAGUCACUGCACUGUAUAUGCCUGAGGAAUAAUAAAACCCCCUUCGUACUGGUGCACUUCAAGGAAUAAAUUGACUUUUUUAUGUACACUUUAUACCUUGUUAUGUCAUGUGGCUGGCUGGCCAAAACUUCUAGAACAAAUGAAAAAAAAAACAUUAUUUUUAAAAAAUAACAAAACCUUUUUCUGUUUAUAUCUUCAGAUUAAGUACAAACACUUCUACUAGAGAAUUCCCUCUUUGUGGAAUUAUGCAGGAGGUCUUUUACCAAGUCACAACUUAAGCUAUUUAUUGAAAGUUUUUUUUUAUUUUUGGGAAAAUAUAAUAAUAAUAAUAAUAUUUCAAUCCGCCGAAAGCUUUCAAGCUCAUGAAAGAAAAUCCAGAGACCUUUUUAUGUUGUAAUUAACACAGACACCAGUGUCUUAGGACUUUUUGACUUACCCUCAUGUUACCAGAUUUUCUUUUUUUUUUUAAUCUCCUUUUAGCCAUCUUUCUAAGACACCAGUGUCUCCAGUCUUUGUGUUUUAUGAGCUAACCCGCUGCUGCCUGAGGCUGGAGCAUCAUGUUCAGUGUCUGUAUAAAAGCAGAGCAGUGUACGUUUCCAACCUGAGGAAGUAUCUGCAGAGAGGCUGUGCUGUGUUUUUACUGCCUUCCACCGCUGGAGGCCAUGCGGUGUCAGUCUGAACUUGCUUGCCUGCCUGCCUGCAUGCCGGUACAAAGACAACUGACUGUCAGACUUCUCUUGAUAACACCUUCACUUCUAACUUUUUCCUCCUGCUCCAACAGUCAUCUCAGACUGACUCUGGAGUCCAGGUGGUACUUCGGAAAAAUUACACGCCGGGACUCUGAGAGGAUGCUGCUGAGUUUAGAGAACAGGAGAGGGACUUUCCUGGUGAGGGAGAGCGAAACCACCAAAGGUGCCUACUGUCUGUCAGUGUUGGACUAUGACAACACCAAAGGUCUGAAUGUCAAACACUACAAGAUCAGGAAGCUGGACAGUGGAGGCUUCUACAUAACGUCACGUACACAGUUCAGCAGCCUGCAGCAGCUUGUCAAUCACUACCGCAAGCACGCCGAUGGACUGUGUCACAGUCUGUCAGACAUUUGUCCUGUACUGAAGCCGCAGACACAGGGCCUGUCCAAAGAUGCCUGGGAGAUUCCCAGAGAGUCCCUUCGUCUCGACGUCAAGCUCGGACAGGGCUGCUUUGGAGAAGUCUGGAUGGGAACAUGGAAUGGAACCACACGUGUGGCCAUCAAGACUUUGAAGCCCGGCACCAUGUCGCCUGAAGCUUUCCUGCAGGAGGCUCAGGUCAUGAAGAAACUCAGACACGAGAAGCUGGUGCAGCUCUACGCAGUGGUGUCUGAGGAACCGAUCUACAUCGUCACUGAGUACAUGGGCCAAGGAAGCCUACUGGAUUUCCUAAAGGGUGAUAUGGGUAAGAUGCUGCGCCUGCCCCAGCUGGUAGACAUGGCUGCACAGAUUGCCUCAGGGAUGGCUUAUGUGGAGAGGAUGAACUACGUGCACAGAGACCUGAGAGCUGCUAACAUCCUGGUUGGGGAUAACCUGGUCUGCAAAGUGGCUGACUUUGGUCUGGCACGUCUCAUUGAAGAUAAUGAAUACACUGCCAGACAAGGGGCCAAGUUUCCAAUCAAGUGGACGGCCCCUGAGGCUGCUCUGUACGGCCGCUUCACCAUUAAAUCUGACGUCUGGUCUUUUGGGAUCCUGUUAACUGAGCUGGCUACCAAGGGUCGAGUGCCCUAUCCAGGGAUGGUGAACCGGGAGGUGCUGGACCAGGUGGAGCGUGGUUACAGGAUGCCAUGUCCAGCAGAGUGCCCUGACUCCAUGCACGAGCUGAUGUUAACCUGCUGGAGGAAAGAGCCAGAGGAGAGGCCCACCUUCGAGUACCUGCAGGGCUUCUUGGAGGAUUACUUCACCUCCACAGAGCCUCAGUACCAGCCAGGAGAGAACCUGUAACUGGGACCAACGCCGAUAUGUGCAUGUGUUCAUGCAUGUGCUUUUAAAUUAGAAGGCAUGGACGAGUGCAGUAUAUGUUAUGGUACGAGUGUGCAGGACCACGGGACACUCACUCAGUGACUUCCUGCUAUUGAGGGUUGUCAGUGGGACAACUGAGGGACUUUGCACCAUGUCAGCGAAUAAAGGAACAAAACUGAACUGUGGUUUUAUUUUUCUUCAACACUGUGGCUGUCGAAGCACCUCUGUAUGUCCACUUCUUGUGGGGUUUUCUGCUCUGCUGUGUUUGUUAUGGCCGAAGCCUCCUCUGACAGAUCCACACAUCCGUUUCCACACAGAGUGACAGCAGUCUGAGGAAGGACCGCAUGCAAACCAAACCCAAAUGUUCAGUUAAUGUACUUCAUAUUCAUAACUACACUCCUCGUCAAUGUGUUGUCACGGGAUAAAUCUUUAAAUCUAUUUUUGGAAUUCAAUCAAAAAUAUGGACAUUGAACUUUUUCUCUUUUAUUUGGCCUCUUGCAAUAUAAGGUGGUAACGAUGUGAAAACAGUUUGGUUUUUUUUCUUGAUGGUGUUGAUCCUAGAUUUUUGAGGAUGUAGAAAAGCUUCCUCCUCAACAUUUCUGCUUUUUUAAUUUAGAGAUUCUGAAUGAGAGAAAUGCUGACAGUUUGUUAUGGCUGCAGUCACCGGUUGUUUUACGGCAGAGGCCAAAACACAUCUCGCAUUUAAGAACUGAUAAGGAGGUGUCUCUUUUUUUUUUUUAAUAUUUACUUUGAGAAAAAAAAUGCUACUGAUGGCUAAUAGCCACGUCAGGAGAGGACUAUAUUUUCACCGCGAGGAUUUUGUGCCAUUGAAAAAAUUUCCAGUGUAUUUUACUACUCUGUGAUGAAUAGUGUUUUGUAUUAGCAGAGGUCGGGGUUUUCUCCUGAAAGGAUGAUCCGCUGCUUUUACAUCUUACACCUGUGUACAAAGGCAACCGAGUCAUCACUGUGUGUCACAUUGUGUUUAAAGAAUGGAAAUUAAAAAUUGUGUCAUGUUCAUUAACAUGAGGGUUUGUAUUUUUAGCCCUUUGUUCUUGGUACUUCCCUCCUCAUCCCUGCAUCUGUGAGCACAGUCUUACACUGGAGUUAUUAUGUUUUUGUGAUUGGUCCGUUCUGUUACAGCCCUCAUGGACAGACCAGUCUGCCAACCAACAGCAGGUAUAGCGAUAAAUUGACAUCAGGAAAAGUAUAUGUAAAUACUUUUAUGUUAAUUCUUGUAUAUAUAUAUAUCAUCUUUGUAAUUUAUUCCUUUCAAAAUAUCCCAAUUGUCGGCUCGCUUGCAGAACUGACAAGGAAACCAAUAUGAUCUCUGUGCUUUUUUUUUCACCACAUGGGUG